GCCAGUGCACUUUGAGGUUGGCUGGAAGUACGCCACAAUUCUAUUUUGAACUCUUUAGGCUACCGUCGUCGCCGAGGUCCUCCCACGCACUCUGCGCCUGCGCGCAGCCAGACCUUCAUCGCUCUCUGCAUCCUCCGGGAAGGACGUUGGUGUUGAGGACAUUUACCACCAUGGCUUCCGGUGCUUUGGCAAAACCUCAGAUGCGAGGUCUUCUGGCCAAGCGUCUGCGGUUUCAUAUCGUUGGAGCAUUCAUUGUCGCCGUGGGAGUUGCAUGUGCCUAUAAGUUUGGUGUGGCUGAACAAAGAAAGAAAGCAUAUGCAGAUUUCUACAGGAAUUAUGAUUCCAUGAAAGAUUUUGAGGAGAUGAGGAGAGCUGGUAUCUUUCAGAGUACAAAAUGAUUUUGGAAUAUAAAGAGUUUCUUUGCAUUGAAUUCCAUAGAAGUUUCGUCACUGACCUGUGUUCCUGAAGUGUGAAUAUGUGGGUUAAGGAAUUGUUUCUCUCAAUAAAUAAAAAUUACUAUGCAUA